GAGCCGUCCAUUGGCUUUUCCGAGCAGUAUCAAAAUGAUCUCAUUGUACGAACGCAUCAUGCGUUCGACGUUCUCCGUAGUGAACAUCGACUUGCUGGAGAAAUGAUCUGGAAUUUCGCCGAUUUUAUGACUAGCAUGUCACCGCUUCGCGCCGCUGGGAACCACAAAGGAGUAUUCACGAGAACGCGACAAGCAAAGAUGGCCGCCUAUACACUUAGAGAUCGUUAUUUGUCACUCUUUAAUCAAACGGCCUUGGAGAUAUGGGAACAAUCCACGGUCGACUCUACAUCACCUUCGGCAUGGCGACAAUAG